CGUCUCUCGGCCUCGCCCCGGCCCCGAUCCAUGCCGCCUCCCAGUGCUCCCUCCUCUUCCUGCGCGGCGGCCCUUGCCCUCCUCUCUCUCCGGUCCCCUUCGCGCCUCCUCGCGGCAGUCGCAGCCAAGGAGCCCGAGCUCGGCGGCGACGGAUCGGAAGGCAGCGUCGGUGCUGGAUCUGGGAGUGGUGGAGCCGCCGUCGUCUCCACUCGCCGGGAACCGGCCAGAUCCGCCCCACGAGCUUCACAGGUGCCACCCCCUCCGCCACCAGCCACGGGGACAUCCUCGAGGCCGUCGUCAUCACCGACCGCGCCACCGGGAGGUCCAAGGGAUACGGAUUCGUGACCUUCCGCGAUCCAGAUUCGGCGAGGAUGGCCUGCAUGGAUCCCUAUCCAGUAAUUGACGGGCGGCGUGCCAACUGUAAUCUUGCCAUCCUGUGGCGACCUGGACCAGCUGUGCCUUUUGGUCAGUCUCUGACCUGGUUU